GGGGCACGGUAAGGCAAAGCUGUGGAUUAAAUACCAGCCCUAUACUGCUUUCAUAGGCUCUUUUAUUUUUUGAUCUAUUCAUUUCAUAUUCGCUCGAACAUUUUUUGCUGAUUCGUGUGUUUCUGCUUUUUGUUAUCUCGACUGUCUUUGACUUCAUUAAAUAAUUAAACCGAGAUCAAACGUACUACAACCAAACACGUAGCUUUACAUUUAAUAAUCUCAAGAGUUAGAUAAUAACAGAGAGAAUCAGACUAGAGAGCUAAAUUCAAUAACGCCAUGAUGACGAUCUCCCGUCGAAGCACCACGUCCCUCCAAGUCCAAGCUCGCAACAGCAACCACUUCCCCGAAACCGAAUCAAGCCUUCCAACUCUCCCUCGCGCAUCCACGAACUCACUUAUAGACAAUCUUCUCUCGUAUCUCGGGCCACGCAAUCCAUUUCCUAAAGCAGUAACCAAAGACGAUACCGUUUGGUUAUUGGAUAAUACGGCGUAUAGAAACCAGGCAACCGGGAAGUGGGAAGCAGAGUUUGUAGCUGCAGUGUGGGAGACGGAAAGUGCGAGGCAUGUACCGGAGAUCAUUGGGGAUAUCGUGGGGAGAAUUGGGGGUGACGGUGAUAGAGGAGAAGAUGAAAUUGUGGAAGAAAGAUUGAGACCAUUCUUGAUGGAUGUUCGAGCUGGAAGGGUUGUCAAUAUUGCUUCUUCAAGUCAUCAACAGGUCGCGAAUUUAAAACUUGGACCAUGUGGUCGGAAUGGUAUUAGUAGUGAUAUCCGGGGAUUGCUAGAUGGCAAAGACGGCGAAAUUGUAGACUGGGAAGCCAAAGUUCCAUUGGAAACUGAAGGAAUAUUGCAAAUGAAAACAGUCUAUGCAGAACCUGAAGGGUGGGGCGUUAUUUCUGACAUUGACGAUUCAAUAAAAAUAACUCAAACUAGUUCUCCAAUUGACAUUUUACGCUCUACCUUCUUAUCUAAACCAAAGCCCGUUGAUGGAAUGCCAGAACUAUACAAACACAUACAGUCCAUCAUUACACCUAAACACGCAUCCGUGGCUCCUUGGUUCUACCUAUCUGCUUCGCCCUACACUCUCUACUCAUUCCUCAGCGAAUUCCGUCGGGAAUAUUAUCCCCAAGGAACUAUGAUACUGAGAGAUGCCAACUUCCUGAGUUUAUCUGGAUUGCUGGAGACAUUGACAGAGGGUACACAAGAGUACAAAGUUAACGAGAUGGAGAAGAUUCAUAAAUGGUUACCGAAGAGGAAGAUGAUUUGUGUGGGCGAUAGUACGCAGAGUGACCCGGAGGCUUAUGGGGAGAUAUGUCGCAAAAACCCAGGCUGGGUCAAAUUAGUUCUCAUUCGCAAAGUAACGGACAUAGCCUCCGUUGGCAUUGUCCAGAAAAACGAACCCGAAAGAUUUGAGAAAGCGUUUGCCGGUGUACCAAAGGAUGUCUGGAGAGUGUUCGAGGGUCCAGAGGAGUGCUACGGAUUAGUGGAUGAACUGAUAAAGACUACACCUGCCUGAUGGUCUGCGGAUAUCUAAAUUCAUCCUUACUGGUUCUUGAGGUCUCGGUAUUAAUCAUCGAUUAUGAAGCUUGUUUACAAUACAUGAGUCUGCAAUACUCGAGUCUUGAGUAAUAUUGUUAUCAGCAUAAGAACACGAAGAGCCUGGUGGGCGGAUACAUCUUGGAUUAAGACCGAAGGAAUCGCGGCAAAUGAUUAGCAGGAAUAUAUGUUGUACAUGAAGGCUUUACGAGCGGACAAGGUUGUCUUAUUUUGCCUACGCAAAAACAGGGUUUUGAAACGCUUUUUCAUAUUUUGUACCAUGAUCAUACAAUGUUUGCUCCGGGAUGUUGUUGGUGAAGUGGUUCCGAUCCGGGGUUUGCAUCCUAUCGAGAUGGGCAGCCGCCCGGUAAAAUUGUCGGACCGCCUAAAACACCCGCUUUAGAUGGCUCAGUAUUUGGAUGGUAUUUAACCUCGGUAAGAACCCAAGUAGCAUCUCUGGUGUUGGUAUAAUACUAACUUGGUAUUACAAGGUAUCAACAAAAAUUUGAAGGUUAAACGCUCUACUAAUGCGAUUUUGGAGGGGUUGGAGGGGUAGAGUGAUUCAGUACCCUGUAGCGUGCGGCAUAGCCUGAUUCUGACCAGCAGAAUCCCACUAGAGUGUUGACAUUUACCUCCCUGCCAUCCAACAGCCCUAGGUACAUAAAUAGUGAUGAAUGAAGAUUGCA